CUGCGUGGUGUGACGUCAUAUUGGUUGGUAGAGGGGCUAAGCGUUUGUAAGCAGUUUGUUUUGUAGUUCAUUUUGAAUUGCAGAAACUUAUUUAAAAUUAUUGAGUUCGGUUUUUGGUUUGUGAUUUUUUAAUAUACUUGACUCAAAUAUUAUAGUAACUAACCGGAGAGAAUGACGUAUAGGUUAAACUACGUACGAAACGGGCUGGAAUUAUGUGCCAUUUUUUACUAAUGACAUUAAGAGUUCUUUGUAAAUUUCUUCAUAACGUUCAUUGAAGAAAAUAAGACUCCGUUGAAAUGUCACAGGCUGUUAUGCCUACAAAUCAGAUGCGUGAGAGCCCACCAAUGGAGCGGAAUAUACACGAAAUGCUGAAGGAUACGCCGGUGAUGAAUGAUAGCAAUACAGCUGUACACUCAGGAACAGCUCCCCCGACACCGCAGCGUAUGGGCUUUAUCCAACACCCGACAUCAUUACCUCUAAGUCAGACUGCAGCCCCAGCAUCAAUGACAUCACCAUCUAUGAAUUCAACGCAGAAUGGCGAUCCUCAAAUCAUAAAAGCCCAACAAUCAAAAAUUGAAAGUAUAAAGAACUGGAGUAUUUCAACAUACAAAUGUACAAAGCAGCUUAUGUUUGAAAAAUUGGGAAAAACUUCAAGAACUGUGGAUAAAGAAUUGGAGGCUCAGAUUGAACAACUGCGAGACACUCAACGGAAGUAUUCAAACAUCUUGAGACUGUCUCGAGCCCUUGCCAGUCAUUUCUAUCAUGUUGUACAAACUCAGCAUGCACUUGGUGAGGCAUUCUCAGACUUAGCACAGAAGUCACCAGAGCUACAGGAAGAGUUUCUGUACAAUGCAGAAACACAGCGUAGCCUUACCAAGAAUGGAGAAACACUACUUGGGGCUCUGAACUUUUUUGUUUCAUCAGUGAACACCUUGUGCAAUAAGACUAUUGAAGAUACCCUUCUGACUAUUAGACAGUAUGAAACAGCCAGAAUAGAAUAUGAUGCAUACAGGACUGAUUUAGAGUUGUUGGCUCAAGCUCCAAGAACAGAUGCAAAUACAGCAAGAUUGGAAGAGGCGCAACAUAAUUAUGAACUUCACAAAGCACAUUUUGAAAAGUUAGGCUCAGAUGUAUCUGUGAAACUGAAAUUUUUGGAUGAGAAUAGAAUCAAAGUAAUGCACAAACAGCUUUUGCUGUUUCAUAAUGCGGUAUCAGCAUACUUCUCAGGAAAUCAACAGGCACUUGAAGCUACAUUAAAACAGUUUAACAUCAAGGUUAAAUCUCCUAAUUCUUCCUAUCCAUCAUGGUUGGAGCAAUAGUAGCAGGAGAUACGUAGGACUUGUGAGUCGUGCCCAUUCCAGAUGGUUUGCAGUUAUUGUAAAGUAGCUGUGUAAUUUCACUUAAUGUCAACAUGACAAUGCUGCAACAAUUCCUGCAUCACCUUGUUUAUCAAUCUGUGUGUGCAUCAUAUGUGAUAAAUGUAAAUUAAGUGCUUUAAAAACUUUUGUUGCCAUUUACUAUACAUCAGGGCCAGAAUUCUGCAUUAGUUAACUGUGGACAUUAAUUAUGUAUACUAAAACCCUUGUUCAUCAGUCAUGCAGUAUCAUUUUUUCAGUGAGUUCCUGUUUCAUGGUUUUGUAUGAUUUUAAGACUACAGAUAACUGGUGAACAGUACAUAUAUUUCAUGUAUGAGAUAUAGUGCAUAUCAUUAAUAAAUGACUUCUUUACAACAUUGUUUGCCAGUUAGCCCACUUGGAUAAAAAUUUAAAACUUAUAAGAAAUAAAAAUAAAAAAUGGUUUAUAUUUUAUAAUUUAAAGAAAAUACAGUUAUGUUGUUGCUGCAGUUCAGCAUGCUUAAUAUCUGCGUAAUGAUCAGAUUGUGUCGAAUACGUAUAUGGUCAGCAUUUAGCUAUGUUGUACAGUGUAACAACUGACAGCUAUUAGACUAUAGAUGUUUCAUGUAUUGAAAAAUAAAUGACAUGAAUACCUUCAUUUUCUGUCCAGAUGUCUAGGAUUAACAGUGUGUUAUUGUGAGUAAAAUUGUUACUGCUACAUGUUAUAACAGGACAAAUUUGAUAUUCUUAAAGCACGUCAUGUGUUAAUGUGAUCCAUGUGUAGUGUGAUGCUGAAAGAAAAAGUCAUGUAGUAUCUGUUCUAUGGAAAAUUGCCAUAGAUUUCUUUCUUUCUUUUUUUUUCCUUUUUGUACACAGUACAAACUUUCAAAGCUGAUUUUGUGAAUGCCACUGGAUUUAUAUUGGUUUUAGUGCACUGUGACUUCAAGACAGUGCAUUCAAAUAUAAACCUAGCAUUGCUAAAAAGAGUAGAUAUCAGUUUCCAGUUUUUAAUGACAACACUACAGAUAAAAGGAGAGUAUUAGUCCUCUUAGACAGUAUAAUUAAUGAAAGACAGAAUUUAGAAUUGAUUGUCACAUGCUUGUCACAUUACUACUACUGUGCUUUUUUGUCGUAGUUGGUGUGUUCACCUGUACUCUGUUAUAUGCUUGUAUGAAUGUCACAGUAAUGUGAUGACAUCUCAUUGAAAUGCACCAUUACACUCAUUGUAUUCUUUUGCAAAAUGCAUUUUAGCCAGUUAUUUUCUUCUCUCUUUUUUUGUAUGGCUCUUUUGACAAAGUUUAGUCAGUAUCUUUAACGUAAUUUUUCUCUUUUGAACAUUUGCAGUGUUGGAUUGGUUUAGUGCUUUUAAAAGCAGACGAAAAAGUAUUUAUUACAAAUAAUUAGUUCUAACUGGGGAUAAUUUUUGAAGUUCAGAAUUAUAUACCCUUUUAGGUAUUUUGUGCUCUGUGCAGUUACUUUCCAGAGAAAGUAAGUUUUAUUCAUGGUAAUUUCAAAAUAACACUGUUUGUCUUUGUCAUUGUGACAUCCACCUCAUCCAAAAAGGUACAAUACUCAAUGCUUUGGUGUUAAUAGUUUGUUUUGAAGUUGUAUACUGGAGCUGAUGUUUUGAACAACAGUGUUUUCUCUACGUGAAAGGCUUUAGUGUCUCCUCGUCAUGUGCAGUAUUUAAAUGCUGCCAAUGCUUUCAGUAAAUAGUAAAUGGAGAUUAGUGGUACCUUGUGCAAGUAUGACAAUAUCUGGUGGUGUAAUUGAGCAGGAGAAUAGUCAUCUAUGGGAGUGCUGAUUUUGUGUAGUACAGCACUUCUGUUGCUACCGUCCACAAUUAAAUUUGCUCUCCUGGAAUACUGCCAAGUAUUUUACUUCAUUUUAGAUGACCUGCAAGCAUAGCUCGUAUAUAAUGUGCCAUUAAUAGCUGACGUAAUGCUUUAGUGACAGUGGUUGACAACAAGAGACUUGUAACUCUUUUGUCUUUGUUUUCUAUACAGUAUUUGCCGAUAAACAUUUUUUUCCCAUGUGAUUCUGUAUUUAAAGACUGAUACUAGAAAUAAACAUUUAAGUGGUGGUAGAAAAGGCAGUAUGUGCCGUGUUCUCUCCCCCUUCCCCUCUCUGGCAUAAGUAGUUCAUUAUGACCUAAGGACGUGUUUCCUCCUUUCAUUUGUCAUAUUAUCUUUGCAUUCUCACAUGUGGCAAACAUUAAAGGCCUUGUUAUAAAUUUCAUUUGAUGCUUUGUAUGUGAUGCUGUCAUUGAUCAAACUGUGCACAUUUUGGCUUGUGUUGUCUGAAUACCAUAUCUCAUAUAAUAUUCAAAUCAAUAUGAAUUUAAUUGUCUCAAUUAAAAACAAAGAAAGAGUAGAGAUUUACAAAAAUUAAAUUUGGAACUUGUAGGGAUAUGCACAUACUUCAGCACUAACUACAACUUCCAAAUCUUAUUUAUGUGUCUGCUGUUGCCCAGAGUCCAAAGUAUACUCAUCUACUGUUUAUGCUGCACUCAGAAUUUUCCAGUAUCUUAUUAGUGUUUCAAAAGUCAUUAUGUAGAACUGCAUAGUAGCUCGACUUGAUACUCCAUUAAGGGUUUUUUUUCGGGGGGGGUGGGGGGGGGGGGGGGGGAGGAGAUAUUAAAUAUCUUAUAAUUGAAGCGAAUUGUGGUUUCUGUAGAAAGUUGUGAGAGAGAAUGUUAGAAAUGUAUUUUGGAGCAUUUCAGUGAAUGAUCUAUCAGUGAAACUUUUACAUGCUUUUUUAUAUUUAUUUGUGAUAUUUGUUGUCAGCUUUAAUAUAAUUUUUAAUGUAAAGCUUCUUAUUUGUACAGAAACUGUAUUCGGCAUACAGUAUAAUUCUUAAACAUUUAUAUUUUAUAUACACAGUAGACUCACAAUGGUUAAAGUAUUUGUAGAUUCAAUCUCACAAAAUUUGUAACACAAAUACAUAUUUGAAAAUAUGAAUCAGAGUAUGUCUCUCAAUGUCUUUACCAAGUUCUGACAUACUUCUUAUUUUAAGGUAAGCUUCUUGCAAAUGUGUGCAGUUGAGUUUUUUGUCUGUUAUUGGUUUGAUGGUGUUUAUUGUAAUCUUACUUUAAUAUAAAACAUGAUAUUUAAUUGUACUUUUAUGAACAGAGUUAAAAAUACAAAUGCAAUUUCUUACACAAUGAGAUGAGUGUAGCAAAACAACUUCUUCAUGUUCAUAACAGAAAAUUGUCUAUGUGGUACAACUUGUCAGUUCGUUGAGACACCCUUGCAUUAAUUAACUGUUAACUGUAGUAAUCUGUCAUACAUUCAUAUUAAAAAUAUUUUAAGUCAAGAGUAUUAUUUUCCCUUUUGUCUCAGUGAUGUAAGAAGGCAUUUGUAUAUUCCAUAAUGAGAAAUUUAAGAUAAAAUCUACAGAGCCCAUAAUUAUUUUAUGUGGCUCAGUUAGUAGAUAAUAUUUACGUUUUCGGGCUUUGCGCACACGCACACACGUGUGCGUGUGUCAGUGAGUGAGUGAGAGAGAGAGAUUUUAAAGCAGCUGUGGUGUAUUUGAGGUAAUGUGAAACAGUGUAGUUAGUAGUUAUAAAGUUUUUUCACUCAGUCCCUUUCAGCACUUAAGAAUUUUAUGUUGCAAGAUGUUUGUUUGGAUAGAAAGAGAUGAAAACUGAGUUAUCUUUUGAUAGUAUUGUAGAAAUGAAAUAUUUUUUCACAAAUGUCUUUUAAUAACUUUUGUGUUGUGCUAGUAAUAGGACAAUAGCUUGAAGAGUAAUUAUAUAAAUAAGACGAGGCAUAUGCAUGCCUGUUGUAAGCUAUUUGACUGUUACCUAUAUAAAUAUCAAUUCUCAAUGCUAAGAAGAAUUUAAAUUGUACAUGUGGUGCAUCUAUGAUUGUGCUUUCUAUUCUUGGCAACACCUUGUCAGAUUGGUGAAUAUUUAUUAGUUCUCUGCCCUGUAGGUUUUGCUCCUAAUUUUGAUGCUGUUUCAAAUGAUUAUUUCAUGUUACACAGUUUUUAUUUGUUAAUUCCUGCAUAUAAUUUGCUUCAUUUGAAUGCUUUUUAAUCAUAUAAUGAUCAGAAAUCUGGCCCUGAUUAUUUAAGGCAAAAUUUUGUUAAUGGUUAAUGAUGAGCUGUUUUCAGUUUCCAGCAAAUGUAUGUGUAUUUGUGUGAAGAGUUAUUUAUUGACUUUUGUGGCCAUCAGAUCAAAAACUCAAGUAAUAUUAAAGUAUUUAACAGGCUUUCACCUCAAACUUAUUAAUUCAGUUAGUGGUAUUAUUACAUUACCUGAUGUGUCUACAGUUUAUAAAGGAGGAUACGUUUUAAUUAAAUCCACUCUGUACUAAUCACUGUAUGUCAACAGGGAUUAUUAUAAUUUACAAAGUUGUUUGCUCCACAAGUUAGUUCCAAAACAUAGGGAAGUAUAUCAUGUGGAUGUGAAAUAUGUUCAUUGUGAGUAGAGAGUGUGGAUUUUUUUUUCUCCCCAUUCGCUUAGGAUAAUUUUACAUAAGAUGGUGAAAGGAAGUUUGUAUGAUGUUGCAGUAAUUAAGAAAAUCUUAAAUUUGAUUUUUUUAAGUCAUAAAUGCAACCAUGAAACCAGCAAAAAUGUAAUUAAAGGUAGGAAGGUGCAAAUAAGGGGCGAAUGGGUAAAUGAUGAUUAUAAUGAUGAAGGGCAUUGGUAUUGAUUGAUGCAAGUAGAAAGGUACCUAUUGAGCUUCGUUUCUAUGCAGAAAUACACUGGCCUCUUUGAUCCCUCUAUGGGUUUGAUAAUUAUUGUAAACAUUUGUAGCUGAAAUUCAGUUCAGAGUGAACUGUUGGGUUUCCUACUGCUACCAACACACUCUUGACCUGUGUGUCUUGGUAUACGCUGCUGUGUGACAUGGGGAAUCCUUAAAAUCAUCUGUGAAUGCAAGGCUCUUGAGGUGUAUUAAGUGCCAGUUGUAAUGAGUGACUUAUUACCAAUUCAAAAGUAGACAUAUGUGUACAGGUGUUCGUCUUAAACAGUUUUGGCAGUGGAAUGGACAUUGCCUAAUGUGAGUCACCCUAAUAGUAACAGAUUGUAAUGAUAGAAUACUAAGUCACUAAAUACAAAUGAAUUCUGAAUUAAAAUCUGUAUAUAAUUUUAGUAUAUUGUUCAGCCAUAAAUGUGUUUGGUGAGCAGUAUUAUCUAUAUUUCUGGAGGAGGGUAUAGCACAUUCUCACUCUGAAAUUUUGUCAUUAAUUGCAAUUGAAUAUUCAUUCAUAAUUUAUUGGAUAAUCUAUUAUAGGCGUAAAGUGACAUUAGACAGUAACAAAACAGUGCUGGAGGUUGAAAAGAAAAACUUAGGAAUACUUCAGAAUCCAUAAUAAAAUCUGCUAAAGUUCACAUUAUAGUGAAAGAUAAAUUUUCAAGAGCUAAAUCUGUAUUUUAUAUAAUUUAUAACCUAAUUUUCUUUCCCUGCAUGCUAAAUGUCUCAUUAACUGCUAUACACCAUAGUAUUGAAUGCAAUUUUGAGAAGGAGCGAAUGUUUUCUGUUUUGUUUAUUACCUGCAUUCACAAUUAUUUUGGAAAAAAAGAGAAAGCUCUAGCAAUUAUAGACAGAAGUUGCCACGUAAUGAACACCUCUGCCCACUACUUGUAAAUAAAUUUGAUAUUUUACUUCACAAUUCAUUGACCAGCAUUGUCAUAACACCACAAUGUUACGACAGUGUUGGUCUGGUGAAUUGGGGAUUUAUUGAAGGAAAUAUAUAGCUAAUCAUUUGUUGUGAUGUAGGUAAUUCAGUUCUGAUAUUUUGAAGUGAAGGGUUCAAAACCAACAUUACACAGUGGUGAAAUAUGUGGGGUUUCACAUGGAAGAAAUGAUAAAGGAACUGGAGCAAAUGAAGAAGCUACAACUAUCUGAGAAAUUUGAAAUCAGACAAAGAAUAAAAAAGAGAAAAGACUUUCGAAUUCAAACUAAUGAGUGCCAGCUGCUGGUGAAUAUUAAAACUAGUAAUUCACAAAAUGUAGUAAUGUUUAUAUUUGUUCAUAAUACUUUUGUUUUACACGUGAUUCGAUUGAUAUGUUGUAUUCAAAGUUGUGUAUAUUGAUUUCAGAUUUGUCAAAUAACUGGAGCUUCUCCAUUUGUUCAAGUUCUUUGAUCAUCUUUUUGGCCCAAAACUCAACAUAUUCUGCUGUUAUAUGAGGUUUGUUAAGUAACUUUUUGCGUCCCUUUGUGAUGCCAAUCACUCAUCAGUUUUUAUUCAAAGUAGUUUCUCUUCUUUAUAAUUUGUCUUAUUUCUGAUUCGUCAAACAACUUUAGCUUCUCCAUUUGCUCCAGCUCUUGUAUCACUUCUACCAUGAGAAAUUCCACAUAGUCUGCCAUUGGGGUUAGUUUUGAACACUUAACUUCAGAAAAUCAAGAGAAUUGAAUAACCUACACCAUAACAAAUGAUUAGCUACAUAUUUCCGUCAAUAUAUCUCCAAUCAACUGGAAAAACACCAUCAUGACAUUAAAGUUUCCUGACAGUGCUGGUCCAGCGAACUGGGGAUAGAUGGAAGGAAAUGUGUAGGUGAUCAUUUGUUGUGGUGUGAGUAAUUCAGUUCUCCUGAUAUUUUGAAGUGAAGUUUUCGAAACUAACCUCGUAAAUUGGCGGAAUAUGUGGAGUUUCUCAUAGUAGCAAUGAUAAAAGAACUGGAGUGAAUCAAGGAGCUCCAGUUGUUUGACAGCUCAGAAAUAAGACAAACUGUAAAGAAGAGACAAGACUUUGAAUACAAACUAAUGAAUGACGGGCACCACAAAGGGAGAAAAAAAGUUACUUAAUUUAACUAACUUCAUACGGUGUUGGAAUAUGUAGAGUUUCACACUGAAGAAAUGAUUAAAGAAGUGGAACAAAUGGUGAAGCUCCAGUUGUUUGACAAAUCUGAAAUCAGACAAAUUAUAGAGAAGAGAAAAGACUUUGUAUUCAAACAAAUGAGUGGCAGGCACUCCAGAGGGAUAUAAACAUUACUUAAUUGACACAAAGGAUAAACAGCUUUCUUGCUUGUGCUUCUUGCCAAAGCAAUUGUGUCAUCUUGGUUAGUCAUUGAAAAAUCUGUGGUAAUACAUGGUUUGCUAUUUAGUUUAUUAUGAAUGCAGAGUGACAUUGCUGCAUUUCCAAUAAUUAGAGGCAUACUGUUUAAUAUGUCACAAGAUUUAGUGAAUCAGCAAAAGUUUUAUACAGUGUUCAUUGCUGUUUUCACUGAUAACAACAUCGAUUGUUGAUGUGGAUGUGUGGUGUUAAAUAGUAAGAAGCAGCAUCGUAUUGGAAGGCAAUGGUUGCAAAUUUAUAGAUGACAUUAGACUUGGAGGAUUUACUGAGUACUUGUGCUUAGCACAGGCCCGUGCUUUCAUUACAGCAGAAGUUGGCAUAUCAUGCUCUUAUGGGGUAAGAAGCCCAAUUAUGUGUGUGUAUCACUGAAUAACUGUGUUGGUAAUCAGUGCACAUGCUUAACUGUUCAUAUGUAUUUUCGGAAAGCUUGUUUGUUCAUUGAUUUUUUUCUAAACUGAAUUUACUCUUGCAUGCCCUCAGGAUAGUUUAAAAUAAUUUUACAUUACUGAAAAUUUUAUACACGUUGCAGCUUUUCAACUUUUUCUCUCAAUUCAUUUUAAUUAUUAUUCCAUUGUCAUUUGUUUGCUUGUCCUUUUCUUACAGUCACCUUACCUUUGAUUUUCAAGUGUUUUACCAAAUCAUGGAAUUAUGUUUAAGUACCAAUAAUGUUGCAUACCUUCUCUUUUGAGAGAUUGAUUCCCCCAGUCUACUUUUUGCGAAUCUUUAUUUUUGCAUGUACACAGAAAAGAAUGUUCUGGACACACUAUAACAAAAUAAAGGCACAAAAUGCAUCUACUUGGUGCCAUAUCAUCUGUCAUGCAGAUGUUACAAGGUUCAUUCAUUUAUGUGGUCACUGACAUUCGUCUUGUACUCUAUUGCAUCCGAUCAAGUAUCAGCAUUUAAUUUUCAACGUCCAUCAUAUUCCGUUCUGCUUUGCCACUUCUGAGUGACUUAUCUGUCUAUUUUUUGUAAAACCCCAUUUUCUCUGCAGUUUCACCUUGUGUGUGUGUGUGUGUGUGUGUGUGUGUGUGUGUGUGUGUGUGUGUGUGUGUGUUGCUUUCAAUUGUUUAACUGCCUGUUAAUGCGUUAGUCCUUCAUGCUACUCUUUUCAUCUUUUGUUGAGUUUCACUCUUUUUUUUCUGUAAAGUGAUUACUGUCAAAUGGUAUGCAUGAACAUAAAAAAAUGGAGAAAUGUUGGUGAGUGCAGGAAGUCAUUUUUCCAGUAGUAUUUUUUUAUUGCCAAAGGAAGUAUUGACAUAUAGACAAACAUUCCACUUGGUCUGUUGUAUUAAGUUCCUUAUGUGAAACAUUUUCUUUUCUUAAAAUGUUUUCCAUUUUUGCACUACUGUAGCCAACUUUUCUGCUGGUUUCCACAGGCUGGAGGUUCACAUAUAUGAUGACUAGAUUCAUGACAUACAACAAAAUUGUAUUACUGUGAUGAAAUUCAGGCAGGUAAAAAGUCUGAGUUAGUACCAGACUUCAAAAAAUGAAAGAUAAUUGAUUUAAUGAUCCAUGUAUUGAUGGUAUGGAGGAUUUAUUUAAUACUAAGCAUUUCAGUCAGAAGAUUACCCUUAUUUUUUUCUAGUCAGUAAUUUAAUCAAUAUAGUAGUUUGCAUUGUUGACCAUUGUAAAUUUGGAGAAGUGUCAAAUUGUUAUAACAGCUCAUUAGUGCAAAAGGUACUCUUGGGGCCAGAAUGUGAUAUUUAUGAAUACAUUUUGCAAGAAUACUUGUCAUACUUGUUUGUACACUAUUUUGGUGAUUUACAGUCUAAUGGAAUAGACGCUUUGAUACUUAAUAUGAAAUCAUGUAGUUUAUAUUGUUAGCCAAGUGUAUAACAAAGUUGUAACCUUUGAUGUCUGUUUAGGUUAGUGUGAAUGUUUUUACAGGCACAGAUAUCUUUAUAGGAACUAGGACAUUAUUAGUGCAAUAAAACUUGAAUUCAGAUGAAGAAAGCUGGCCAAACUCUUAGCCAAAGCAAUUCCUUUCUAUCUUGCCUUUUAAUUUAGCAGUGUUUGUAGAACUUCAGUUGAGCAUGCUUCUGUUGUGUAAACUAAGGAGAUAUCAGUGCUCAAGAAUAAUUUUUGCAAAAUGAGUACUUUAAUUUUAGAUGAGUAAAACUGAUGUAUUCCAUGUAUUGUGUUGCAGCACGUUUUAGCUUAUGUAAGUAAAUGUAAAUACGCUUCAUAUUCACGCUAUAUGUAGCACUCUGUGAAACAUUGUAUAUACUGAUGAUUACUCCUUUUAAGUGAGAACUUUGUUUGGGAUAAUAAAUAAAUAUCACAUAUUAA